UAAAACCUUGCAUCUUCCAGAUGUUUCACCCAUCUCUUGCUAAGCAGCAAAAGAGAGAGGCGUUGUUAGGUAGAGGGGCAUUGAGUUUAGUCUACAGGGUCUUCAUUAGUUCCGCAAGAAAACCACAAGUUGAAUCCGUUCAAGCAAGCCCAGUACCAGUGCAACCACAGAUCCGUGCACCGCUGAGUACCUGAGAUGGUGGAGAGAGAGAGAGAGAGAGAAGAGGAGGGCCAUUGGGGCACAGUGGGAAUUGGUCAGCAAAUCAGCCUCCUGUUUUUUCUUUCUUUAUCCUCCCUCUUUUCCCUCCUUCUGCUCUGCCCUCUAUCUUUCCUAGGUUUCUUCUCUGGUUUCAUAGUCCAGAAAGUAAACUGGCUGACAGGUUCUAACAGCUAAGACGCAUGGCGGAUAUAUUUUAAGCGAGGAUUAAACUAAGUUACAUUUUGUUAAAUCUCACUGAUAUUGGAAGUCUUUUUCAUUAAGGGUCUCCAGGAUGAGUUUUGGAUACAAAUGUUUUGCACAUGUUUGUCCAUUUUUCACAAGGAUUUGCCAAUUUUGAGCAAUAAAGUGAUCAAAGAAGCCAUCAUGACAGGGCAGGGGGUUGCGACUAGAUCCUUGUCUGCCCACCGCUUGUCUGUGAGGAGCACCCUGGAAGAUGACCUGGAUGGAGCAGACAGCACAAUUAGCCGGUCUCAGUCGGUAUGUGAUGACACGUCAUCUGAACUCGAGAGGGUUGCAGCCUUGGAUCCUCAAGCAGCAUCUAGAAACUCCUUCAGAGGGAGAGGUGCCCUGUCACGGCUGGUUACUUUGGUGGUUACUUUAAGAGACUGGGCUCAUCGGAGUUUGAUAGAGGAGGAAGAGAGGCCAGAUUCCUUCCUGGAGCGUUUCAGGGGGCCUGAGCUCCGACCCCCACCCAGCCGCUUCAGCAACACUCAGACCGAUGCCAACGGCAACAUGGACAAGGCCAUCAAGAAGAAGAGGGAAACAUUUGUGAUAUCACCAUCUGAUGACAUGCACUACCGCUGGCUGUUUGUCAUUGGCGGUGCUGUGCUCUAUAACUGGGUCUUAUUGGUGGCCAGAGCAUGUUUUGACCAGCUGCAGACUCAAAACUUUAUUAUGUGGCUAGUUCUGGACUACCUUUGUGACUCCAUCUAUAUCCUGGACACCAUUGUACGCUUACGUACAGGUUUCUUGGAGCAGGGCCUGCUGGUGAAAGAUCUGCGCAGGCUGAGGGACGCCUACAUCCACACCCUUCAGUUCAAAAUGGACGUUCUGUCCAUGUUGCCCACUGACCUGGCAUACAUCAGCACAGGAAUCCACACUCCUCAACUGCGCUUCAACCGCCUGGUCCGCUUUCCACGCAUGUUUGAGUUCUUCGACCGUACCGAGACGCGCACCAACUACCCCAACAUCUUUCGCAUCUGCAACCUAGUGCUCUACAUCCUUAUCAUCAUCCACUGGAAUGCCUGCAUCUAUUAUGCCAUCUCGAAAUCCCUGGGGUUUGGCUCCGACCAGUGGGUUUAUCCGAACAUCACAAACCCCGAGUAUGGGUCCCUGACACGUAGCUACGUCUUCUGCUUAUACUGGUCAACCCUCACGCUCACUACCAUCGGGGAGAUGCCUGCCCCGGUCAGGGAUGAGGAGUACGUGUUUGUGGUGUUUGACUUCCUGGUGGGUGUGCUGAUCUUCGCCACCAUUGUGGGAAACGUGGGCUCCAUGAUCUCAAACAUGAACGCCACGCGAGCUGAAUUCCAGGCUCGUAUAGACGCCAUCAAGCACUACAUGCAUUUCCGCAAGGUAAGCCGGGAGCUGGAGACACGAGUCAUUAAGUGGUUCGACUAUCUCUGGACCAAUCAGAAAGCUGUCGAUGAGCAGGAAGUGCUGAAGAACCUUCCGGACAAGCUGCGGGCAGAAAUUGCCAUCAACGUGCACCUGGACACACUGAAGAAGGUGCGCAUCUUCCAGGACUGUGAAGCUGGACUGUUAGUGGAGCUGGUUCUGAAGCUUCGUCCUCAGGUGUAUAGCCCAGGAGAUUACAUAUGCCGCAAAGGGGACAUUGGUAAAGAAAUGUACAUCAUCAAGGAGGGCAAACUGGCUGUUGUGGCCGAUGACGGAGUGACUCAGUACGCUCUUCUGAUUGCUGGCGGAUGCUUUGGAGAAAUCAGCAUCCUUAACAUUCAAGGCAGCAAAAUGGGCAACAGGCGAACUGCCAACAUCCGCAGCAUCGGCUACUCUGACCUGUUCUGUCUGUCAAAAGACGACUUGAUGGAGGCUGUGAUGGAGUAUCCUGAUGCAAAGAAAGUUCUAGAAGAACGAGGCAGGGAGAUUCUGAUGAAGGAGGGGCUUCUUGACGAAAGCCUGGCUGCUGGAGCUCUGAGCGUCAUAGAUACUGAUGAGAAGGUGGAGAAGCUGGAGUCAUCUCUGGACGUUCUGCAAACACGUUUCGCCCGCUUGCUCGGAGAGUUCUCAUUCACACAGCAACACCUCAAACAGCGGAUCACCACUCUGGAGCGCCAACUCUGUCACACAGGCCUCGGGUAUAUGUCGGACCACGAGGCCGACGUGGAUAUGGACGCAAACACAAGUGCAGGUGUUCACGCACAAUCACACUCAGAGACUCAUGAACAAUCAAACGCAUUGACAGAAUCACACAUGGACAUGGACACAAAUGAGGUCCACAGGUCAUUAACAGAUAUACCUGCUGAAAACUGCAACCAGGUAACAAAUGAAGCUCCUACUGAGCCAAAGAAUGAAACAUGAGUUAGAAGACAGCAUAGAAAAUGACCCUCAUGGUUACCUACGCUGUGUUAUUGGCAAAU